AAGCGACUUUAUUUUGGACUAUGGACUAUUAAUUGCGCGUCAAAACAGACCGAUCUGGUGGAGGAAUUCCGUCAGCUAUUUUUGUACUUGUCUGUCUUGCUUUCACUGUUUUGUGAAGGAGCAACCUGAAGGAAGGAGUGAGCACAGAAGCAGCUGAAAGGGGUGGGGAUAAAGCAGAGGGGCGAGACAUAUACACGGCCUAUCUCUCUUGACAAGUGUCACUUUGCUUCAGAGUCCGGCAGAGAACACAGAAGAGCAUAAACACCAUGGUUCGGUGGUUCCACAGAGGCGUCACAGGCCUGGAGGCCGAGGCGCUGCUCAAGUCCCGGGGCAUCCACGGCAGCUUCCUGGCCCGGCCCAGCAAGAAGAACGUGGGGGACUUCUCCCUCUCUGUCAGGGUCCAGGACGACGUGACCCACAUCCGCAUCCAGAACACGGGCGACUACUACGACCUGUACGGCGGCGAGAAGUUCGCCACACUGUCGGAGCUGGUGGACUACUACACCAACGACAGCGGCACGCUGCAGGACCGCGACGGCCAGAUCAUCGAGAUCAAGUACCCCCUGAACAGCUCCGACCCCACCACCGAGAGGUGGUACCAUGGCCACCUGUCGGGCCCCAACGCAGAGAAGAUGCUGGGCAAGCGCGAGGAGCCGGGAACCUACCUGGUGAGGGGAUCCCUGUCCAAGCCGGGGGACUUUGUUCUGUCCGUCCUCACAGCCGAGAAGACCAAGAAAGGUGACCGGCGAGUCACACACAUCAAGAUACUAUGCCAGAGCGAGCGGUACACGGUGGGCGACACCACUUUCUACGACAGCCUGACAGACUUGGUGGAGCACUACAAGAAAGUGGGCAUCGAGGAGAUCAGCGGACACUGGGUGCACCUGAAGCAGCCGUUCUACACCACCCGGGUGAACGCAGCAGACAUCGACACCAGAGUGAGGCUCCUGGACCAGAUGGCCAAGAACCCAGAGGAGAAUCCGGGGGAGAAGAGCAAGGCGGGCUUCUGGGAAGAGUUCGAUGCUCUACAAAAACUUGAGGCAAAGGUCAAGAAAAGCAGAGAGGAGGGCCAGAGGCCAGAGAACAAGAGCAAAAACCGAUACAAGAACAUUCGUUCCUUCAAUGACACCCGGGUUGUUCUGGAGACUGGAGACCCCACUGUGGUGGGCUCAGACUACAUCAACGCCAACUACGUCAGAGACACGUUGAGGCCCGAUAAUGACAAGGUCUUCAUUGCCACCCAAGGGUGCCUCUUGUCAACCGUCAACGACUUCUGGCAGAUGGUGUGGCAGGAGAAAACAAGGGUCAUCGUCAUGACAACAAGGGAGGUGGAGAAAGGACGGAAUAAAUGUGUUCCUUACUGGCCGGCGGUGGAUGCUUACAAGGAGGUGGGGGCGUAUGUGGUGACCUGCCUGUCAGAGACGGACGCCAGCGACUACAAAGUCAGAGUUUUAGAGAUGGCCCCUUUAAACGAGUCCAAGAAGACCCGUAUCUGGCACUACCAGUACCUGAGCUGGCCCGACCACGGGGUCCCCCAGGAGCCCGGCGGAGUCCUCAGCUUCCUGGCUCAGGUCAACGCCAAACAGGAGAUGUUGCCCGACGCCGGACCAAUGGUCAUCCACUGCAGUGCAGGGAUAGGUCGGACGGGUACCUUCAUGGUGAUAGACAUGAUCCUCCACAGUAUUGACAUCCAAGGGGUGGACUGUGACAUCGACAUCCAGAAGUGCAUCCAGAUGGUCAGGGAGCAGCGGUCCGGCAUGGUGCAGACCGAGGCCCAGUACAAGUUCAUCUACCUGGCCGUCUCAGAGCACAUACAGGCCUUUAACGCCCAGAGCAAGGCCUCCAUGGAAACCGAAACAGAGUAUGGAAACCUUCAACUGAUGAAACACCCGACUGCAAGUAGAAAGGUCUCCAAGAACAAGGAGGAGGUAUAUGAAAACACCAAGGGAAAGAAGGAUGUGAAAAAGCAGAAAUCUGAGGAGAAGAAGAGUGGCUCUGUGAGGAAAAAGUGAAAAGAAGAGGAAGAGUUCCAGACGGGAACAUAUUUCAUGAAAUUAUAUCAUUAUAUCAUUAUUUUUAUGUUGAUAUGCAAUCUUUUAUUACUGUUUUGUUGAUGACAAGUGGAAUAAGAGUUUACAACCGAUAGAUAAUGACACUUGUUUAACAUUUUUGAAAUGUAUAGGAUGACUAAUGCAUAAAUCUGUUGAAAAUAA